AUGACGAGCACUCAUCAAGGGUUGAUCCGCCUUCUUGACGAAGUCCGUGAAGACAUUGUCAGUCAGGUUGGCCGUGUUGGCCCUGAUUUCGAGACUUUUGAAGGCCUGAGCUCGACAGUCUUAGCAGGUGGGAUCAUCGACGACCGCAAAUAUCUGGUAAAUAGAAGAAUCAUUCAAGCAGCUGCCUCGUUGCCAAAUGACUCGAAUCUUCGUGACAAGAUAACUGAUGAAUUUGUGAAAACAUUGUGGAACACACUGGAACACCCGCCCUUGUCCUGGCUGGGAAAUGAUUUCAAAUAUCGUGCAGCUGAUGGGAGUAAUAAUAAUGUCCUGUACCCACGUCUCGGAGCGGCGGGAAGCCACUAUGCCCGCAGUGUCACUCCGCAGCAUCAACGGGUCUCAUUUUCGAUAGUGGCCGUCCUUGCUAGGGACGGCCCUGCUAGGAAACACCCGACCGGGGUGUCAGCCAACCUGUUUUACCUUGCGACGAUAAUCAUACACGAUCUUUUCCAUACGGAUGAAAAUGAUGGGACCCGGUUGAUGAACUCCUCAUACCUGGACCUCGGCCCCCUGUACGGCCACAAUGCGGAGCAGCAGAGUCGGGUCCGGACAUUCAAGGACGGACGGCUGAAGAAUGGCACAUAUUCUGAACAGCGACUGUUGGGUCAACCACCUGGUGUCAGUGCUUUUCUUAUUGCCUUCAAUCGUUUCCACAACUACGUCGUCGGAGAGAUGGCCCUGAUUAACGAGGCCGGGCGAUUCAGCUUGCCAGCAGGACUGACUCCCGAAAGUUCGCAGUACGCUGCAGCAGAGGCAAAGCGGGAGAAUGAUCUAUUUCAAAUAGGGAGACUCGUGACCUGUGGCCUUUAUGUCAAUAUCAUCCUAGGAGAUUAUCUCAGAGCCAUCCUGAAUCUAAACACCAACCCUGUCAACUCUGACUGGAAGCUAGAUCCUCGUGGGCGAAUCGAGGUGUUCGACGCCCAAGGGGUCCCACGAGGAUUAGGAAAUCAAGUCAGUGCGGAGUUCAAUAUGAUCUACCGAUGGCAUGCGGCAAUCACCGACCAAGAUGAGGCCUGGACGAAGGCAUUCAUGAAGGAUAGUCUGGGGCGAGAUGUGGACCCGAGUAGCUUAUCCGUAGGCCAGUUCCUGGCAGGGUUAAGAAAAUGGAAACAAACUCUAGAUCCGGAACCUUCAAAGUGGACUUUUGGAGCCUUGAAGCGUACGCCGGAUGGUCAGUUUCACGAUUCGGAUCUGGUCAAACUGUUGCAAGAUGGAGCAGAACAUGCCGCUGGUGCAUUUGGUGCCCGCAACAUCCCCCGAGUUCUCAGAGCAAUCGAGAUGCUCGGAAUCCAACAGGGGCGUGAGUGGGGACUAGCAACCCUCAAUGAAUUCCGGCUUUUCUUCAAGCUGAAGCCAUAUUCGACCUUUUUGGAGGUGAACUCGGAUCCUGGGGCUCUCUAUGGCCAUCCUGACAACAUCGAGCUGUACGUUGGAGUAGAGGCAGAGGAGGCCAAACAACCAUUUUAUCCUGGGUCUGGGUUAUGCCCCGGCUUCACGAUCUCAGUUGCCAUCUUGUCGGAUGCGGUGGCUCUCGUUAGGGGAGACCGUUUCUAUACCGUUGACUACAACCCAAUAAAUCUAACCAAUUUUGGAUUCCAAUCGGCCAGCUCAGACUUCGAUGUUGCCAAUGGCGGUGUGAUGUACAAACUAUUGAUGAGAGCUUUCCCGGGCCGACAGGCUUUCGAAAACGCGGGUACAGCGGACAAAUUAGACUUCAACAGACCAGUACAUCAGGGUCCAGUUAUAGCUCUUACGUCAUGGCAGGGUGUUACCCAGUUGUUGAGUGACGGGAAACGAUUCCGUGUGCCAUGGGGCCCGCAUACGUUCCAGCUCACAGGCCAUGACUACAUGUUGAGUGGUGACUCGUUUGCCAAUGCCGAUCAACGGGUGUUUGUCAACAAAUGCCUAUAUCAGCCUAAGGACAGUUUGGAGGAGGUUCAACAAUACUAUGAACGAACAACCUUGGAGCUUCUUCAGAAGUAUAGCAAGAAGGCCGGGCUAUGCUAUUACGUCGACGCAGUCCGAGACAUUGGAAAUUUCGCCCAUGCGAACUUUACAGCCGACUUCUUCAACAUUCCCUUGACUAAAUCCGCGGGUAAUAAUGCUUAUACGGAUGCAGAGAUAUACGAUGGACUAGCGGAGCUCUUCGGCUACGUCUUCCUUGACGUUGACCCAGCACAAUCUUUGAAACACCGAAUCGUUGGGUCGCGCAAGUCCGAACGUCUCGGGCAAGUCAUGCGAAAGCAAGUGGAGCAUCAGCAAUCACAUAUUGCUUCUAUUGCUCGUCACGUUCUCGGUGCUGACUCUGAGCCGGAGGGCCUAGCAAACUAUGGCGCCCAGUUAGUGCGAAGGCUUCUGGACGACGGCAAGUCGGUCGAUGAAGUCGUGUGGGCCAUCAUCCCAACAGCAGCUGCUGCAUGUGCCACACAAGCCCAGGGAUGGGGUCAGUUGAUUGAGCUAUACCUGUCCGAUGCCUACUAUAAACACUGGGCGGACAUCCAGGGUCUCGCCCACAACAAGGACAAGGAGUCGUUUGAGAAGCUCAAAAAAUACGCUCUAGAAGGAUUUCGCCUGUCUACGCCAGCUUUUGGGGUUCUUCGGAACGCCGCCGUGGACACUACCAUCGACGACAGUGGGAAGUCGAUCGCCGUGCACAAAGGUGAUACCAUAUUUGCAGAUUUCGUCACCGCUGGACGUGAUCCUGCCAACUUCCCAGACCCAGAGUCCAUCCGACUCGAUCGCCCGGAUGAGCUGUAUAUCCACCACGGGUGGGGGCCACACGCAUGCCUCGGUCGUGCAAUUGUCACGGUAGCCGGGGCCGCCAUGCUGCGAGUUUUCGGUCGGCUCACCAACCUCCGGCGCAGCCCGGGCCCCUCGGGAGAAAUGAAGAGCAAGCUAGUGAACAACGCAUUCAAAGUAUACCUCCCCGAGGAUGGAAGUGAAUGGACGCCGUUUCCUUGCAAUAAGAAGGUGCUGUUUGAUAGCCUUGGAGACCAGGGUCCCUAGUUUGGGCCCCAUCGUAAGUGGACCGCGUAAAAUGGUCGAGCCCCGCAGGGCUUGAACAUGGGUAGGCAAUUAGAGGCUUUAAUGUCCGGUUUUGAUUUGCUCGACAAAUUGGUGCUCGGUUUGAAAUUGACUGUCCAUGUCCAGAUUAGGAUAUAGCUUAGCUAGAUACCAGAAUCAAUAUUGUAUGUCAUUGGC